AUGAACGACGUGCUCGCACACUCGCAAGCCUGGGUGAACGGCACCCUGACCAACCUCAUCAACCCACAGACUGCAGUGUAUGCUGCUGAUCUGUAUCAAGGCACCGAUCCUCUAAAGCUGAACUUUGCAGAGAGAGCAUGGAUGGACUGGUAUCUGUACUGGGGCAACCCCAUCCUUGCCACCGGUAUCAUGAGCUUUGUGCUGCACGAGGUGAGUGGGCCUCCAUGAAGGGAGCUCGCUGUCGCAGCAGACCUAUCGCAUGCCGGUGAUUUGCCGAUAGCGAAGCGCUGACGCCCCUCGUCCAUACACCACGCAGCUCAUCUACUUUGGUAGAGCUAUCCCUUGGAUCAUCAUCGAUUCCAUGCCUUCCAUGCGCAAAUACAAGUUGCAGGAGGACCGCACACCAACCCCGGAGCAGCAGUGGGAAUGCACAAAGUCCGUGCUGCUCAGCCACUUUACUGUGGAGUUGCCACAGAUCUGGAGCUUCCACCCGAUCUGCGAAUACUUCGGCAUGGCCACUCACUCGGUGCCAUUCCCUUCUAUUUUGACCAUGCUAUGGCAGAUCGGCAUCUUCUUCGUCUUCGAGGAUACCUUUCACUACUGGGCACACCGCGCCUUGCACUGGGGUCCUUUGUACAAGCACAUUCACAAGAAGCACCACGAGUUCAGCGCUCCUUUCGGCCUGGCCGCUGAAUACGCUCAUCCUCUCGAGGUGUUCAUCCUGGGCUCAGGCACGAUUGGAGGACCCUUCUUGCUUUGCGCGCUCACGAAGAACUUGCACAUUCUCACCGUCUACGUAUGGAUCGUUCUGCGCUUGUUCCAAGCCAUUGAUGCCCACUCCGGCUACGACUUUCCCAUCAGCCUGCACAACUGGAUGCCGUUCUGGGCCGGGGCUGAUCACCACGACCACCACCAUAUGGCCUUCGUAGGCUGCUACUCUACCAGUUUUAGGUGGUGGGACCACUUCAUGGGCACCGACUUGAACUACAAGCGUUACCGCGCCCGCCAAGCCGAGGCAAAGAAACAAGCCAAGGAGCAAGGUCUGUCUUGGCCCACGAAAGAAGCCACCAAGAACGCAAAGGGUAUGCCGCUCAAGAAGAAAGCUGAGUGA